AUGCGCAAACCCCAGAAACACAGUGGCUGUGCACACGCCCUGCCUGUUUGCAUGAUGUUCGGAGAGCUGACUGAUUCCCAGCAUCCCCAGGAACCAGCAACAGAAGCGUGGGCCAGGAAGGGGCCCUCCUGCACCUGCCCUAUGGCGCAAUCUCUGGGUGCUAUGGGCUGGGCCAUGUACCCCCCAGUCAGAAGCCUGGCCCACAUGAAGCAUUUGGUUGAAACAGCAAAGGGGCAGUCAUGGGUGGUAUGCACCCACCUGAGCAGAAGGGAGCCAUGGGCCCAAGAAGAGGUGGGGCCCAGCCAGGAAGCUCCUGGCCCAGUCAGGCUGGUAGGCGAGUCCGAGACAAGUGGGGCCAGGGGAGGCCUGAGCAGUGGAAAGAGGGUAGUGCUGGAGGAUGAUGAGGACAAGACAGGCCCCCUGUGCCCCCUCACUGCCUGGGCUCUUUCAGCCCCAACCCCAACCCUCAUGGUCUUGGAGGAAACCAGGGGUCUCCUUCAUGCCCACACCGAGAUGGGCUGCCUGGCUUCUUCCAUCCGGCAACGCUCUAAGUCUCAGCUUUCUUACUUGGUACAUGAGCCUCUGUUAGCUGUUGUAAAUCAUAGAUCUCUUUAUGAAGAAGACAGAAAGGACAAGAACCUUCCCAUGGAAGAAGAAAUUGAACCUGCCCCGGUCAGGAGGAUUCUGAAACUCAAUGCCCCAGAAUGGCCCUACAUGCUGGUAGGGUCUGUGGGUGCAGCUGCCAAUGGGGCAGUCACACCCCUUUAUGCCUUUUUAUUCAGCCAGAUUCUUGGGUUACUUUCUUGCUUACUACUUGCAAAGACUUUUUCACUGCCUGAUAAAGAAGAGCAAAGGUCACAGAUCCAUGGUGUGUGCCUGCUUUUUGUAGUGAUGGGCUGUGUAUCCCUUUGCACUCAAUUUCUGCAGGGAUAUGCUUUUGCUAAAUCUGGAGAACUCCUCACAAAAAGGCUACGUAAAUUUGGUUUCAGAGCAAUAUUAGGGCAAAACAUUGGCUGGUUUGAUGACCUCAGAAAUAGCCCUGAAGCACUGACAACAAGGCUUGCUACAGACGCCUCCCAAGUUCAAGGGGCUACCGGCUCUCAAAUUGGAAUGAUGGUCAAUUCCUUCACUAACAUCACUGUGGCCAUGAUUAUCGCCUUCUUCUUUAGCUGGAAGCUAAGCCUGGUCAUAGUGUGUUUCCUCCCUUUCUUGGCUUUAUCAGGAGCUGUACAGACCAGAAUGUUGACAGGGUUUGCCUCUCAAGACAAGCAGGCUCUGGAGAUUGCGGGACAGAUUACAAGUGAAGUAAUCCUUAGUAAUGUCCGCACUAUUGCUGGAAUUGGAAAGGAGAGGCAGUUUAUUGAAGCAUUUGAGAGAGAGCUGGUGAAGCCAUUCAAGACAGCCAUUCGAAAAGCAAAUGUUUAUGGAUUCUGCUUUGGUUUUUCCCAAUGCAUUGUGUUUGUUGCUAAUUCUGCUUCCUACAGAUACAGAGGUUACUUAAUCUACAAUGCAGGGCUCCAUUUCAGCUAUGUGUUCAGGGUGAUCUCUUCAGUUGUGCUGAGUGCAACAGCUCUUGGAAAAGCCUACUCUUAUACUCCAAGUUAUGCCAAAGCUAAAAUAUCAGCUGCACGGUUUUCUCAACUGCUGGACUAACGACCUCCUAUCAGUGUAUACAGUGGUGCAGGUGAAAAAUGGGACAAUUUCCAGGGGCAAAUUGACUUUGUUGACUGUAAAUUUACAUAUCCAUCUCGACCUAAUAUACAAGUUCUGAAUGGUCUCUCGGUGUCGGUUAGUCCAGGGCAAACACUGGCAUUUGUUGGGAGCAGUGGAUGUGGCAAAAGCACCAGCAUUCAGCUGUUGGAACGUUUCUAUGAUCCUGACCAAGGGAAGGUGAUGAUAGAUGGGCAUGACAGCAAAAAGGUCAAUGUUCAGUUUCUCCACUCGAACAUAGGAAUUGUUUCCCAGGAACCAGUGUUGUUUGCCUGCAGCAUAAUGGACAAUAUCAAGUAUGGGGACACCACCAAAGAAAUUCCCAUGGAAAAAGUCAUAGAAGCCGCAAAGCAGGCUCAGCUGCAUGACUUUGCCAUGUCUCUCCCAGAGAAAUAUGAAACUAACGUUGGGUCCCAGGGGUCUCAACUCUCUCGUGGACAGAAACAACGCAUUGCUAUUGCUCGGGCCAUCGUGCGAGAUCCUAAAAUCUUACUGCUAGAUGAAGCUACUUCUGCCUUAGACACAGAAAGUGAAAAGACAGUGCAGGUUGCCCUGGACAAAGCCAGAGAAGGCUGGACCUGCAUUGUCAUUGCCCACUGGCUGUCCACCAUCCAGAACUCAAAUAUCAUUGCUGUUGUGUCACAGGGGACAGUGAUGAAGGGGACCCACAAAGAGCUGAUGGCCCAGAAAGGAGCCUAUUACAAGCUGGUCACCACAGGAGCCCCUAUCAGUUGA